AUGGAGGAGGAAUCUACUCCAACAAAGGCCUGGGUCCAGAUCACCAUCACAGCUGAUAACGAUUUGAUAUCAGCAGUGACUUCAGUGCUGUAUUUCUGGUUUCAUUUCUUACUUUGGUUCCUGCCUCCUUUCCAAGACAAGAUCCAUAUUCUCAUUGGCCUAGAGAAAAGCUGCCCCGACGGUUUGAAACAUUUCUCAGCGCUCCCCAAUUACACCGUCAAUUUGUUCGCCCAGAACGGUCAACCUAACACCAUCGGCCUCUCACAAAAGGAAGAUACAAGAAUGUUCAUACGGAAGGCGUACCAGAGAUACUUACACCGGAAGUAUUCUGAGACAAAUCAACACGAUAUGCCCUUCUCAAUUAAUGACGAUGGAGUAAUUCAAAAGGUAUUCGAGUGGCGGACCCUUAAGCAACGAAGCGGAUCCUCAAUCUACAAUGCUCUUCAGAACUGUACCUUGAAGAACUUGGAAACAUCGAUAUCACUCAUACUGGUAUGGCAACUCUGCAAAGACUUUGGAACUUUCAGUUUCCCUUGGACGGACAACGACAUCGAUUCUAGUACCUGGCGACAGUUAGUAGAAUACUCCUUUUUCGGUAGCGAUCGAAGUUGGUCUCCAAUCUCUUUUAAGAAGCCGAUAGAAGAACUAGGUAUUUGUGAGAUCAGAAACAGGAUCGCGGUUCUUGGGGAAAGCAUUGGUUGGUCUCCGGAUAUCGAUGAAGAAAUCCCGGAUUCUGAAGAAAUCGUUGCAUUCAGGCAAGAAGUCGAGGUCACUUGCUUCUUUUGCUAUGAUCAAAAGCCAAUGUGGCAAAUUUGCGUUCUUCACUGUGAACACGCUAGCUGUCUUGAUUGCAUCAAACGAAAUUACCAGAUGUGUCUGAAAGAUACAAGCCGAUUACCCCCAACCUGUUGCAAGAAAUACCCGCUCAUUUACACAAGCGUUGCGGCCGAUAGUAUCGCUGAAAUCUACAAACUCGCCCGAUGGAUUGCUACCGGAAGCAACCCUUCCCCUCUUGGAAGAUGUUACAACUGCGACAAGGAUAUUUGGCCUGGGGCUGAAUGUGGAGAUAUUGGUUUCUGUAUCUCUUGCGAAAAGAGAACGUGCUUGAGAUGUAAUAUCAAGUGGCACGAUUUUGCAAGAGUUGACUGUCGACUUGGACAACUUGGUGGCUUUGUCGCUAUGAUUGCUGCUAAUAAGUGGGCCCAGUGUUAUCGAUGUGGCCUUGUGGUUGAACGCAGAGACGGCUGUGCGCAUAUUAAGUGUCGUUGUGGAGCCGAUUUCUGCUACUAUUGUGGUGGAAAGUGGCCGAGAUGUCCAUGCAGAACGGACGGGAAAAAGGCAGAAGUUAACACUAGACGCGAUCAACCUUCUGAAGAUAGUGGAGAAAGAUACACGAAGCGAUUGAGGGCUAAGCAUCACUCAAGGGCCUUUACCACCGAUAAGAAGUUUAAGGAGGUUGCGGAUGCGUUGCAGUUACUCAGGAUUAUAAAGACGUACCAGGCAAACGUUGUUAGGGAGAUAGGUAAUCUGAGAAAAAUAUUACUUAUUUUGAGAGAGCAGGAAGAGGACAAUCUUGAGUAUGAUCAUGUCAGCGCCGUGUUGAAUGAAUAUAUGGAAGGGAUGAUGGAGACUUGGGCAUUGGAUGGAGCGUUGAUAUAA